GGAGGAAUCCGCGCCCGGGCACUUGCUUAGCCCCGCCCCCUUUCCUUUCCCCUCAGGCGGCGAGGCCUCAGCGUUCUAAAAACCCCGCAUUCCCGCCCUCGUCGCUCGCCUGUGAUGUCACAAGGCCGCGACUCGCAGAGGAGCGCGUUUUCUCAUCACGGCGGCGGCGGCAGCUGAGGGCUCGCCGAGCUCCGCGGGGCGCCCGUUUUUCGCGCCGCCCUUCAGCGGGGAUGGGGUGAAGAGAGGCAAAGACGGACGGGCGGCAGCGGGCGGGCGGUUCGCGUCGCCGUGAAACACCCCGGAGCGACGGGAGGCCUGUUCGCAGCGUAAUGGAUCCCCAGCAGAUUCUUAGUACUGGUUAUACACGAUCUUGACUUCAAGAGGAUAUCCAGUUAACUGCUGCUGCUGCCAUGGAGAGUAUUACAAAGCUGUUUGGUGAUUUGUGUGAGGCCCACAUAGCAGGUUUGUCAAAGAAGGUCCAUUUGGGCAGGGAAAAGAACAGCAAAAAAGGAUCCAGUAAAAGCCUCAAGAAAAUUGCGUAUAAUGCUUUGUUUUCCACCCUUUUUGUGGAUGAGACCCAGAAGGCACAGUCAAAUGUUUCUAGACUUCCAGUGAAAAACAGAAUUCUAAUGCUGUCUUUCAACUUGAGAGUUGCUGGAAUGGGGAAGGAAGCUGACCGGCUGGAGGAGCUUGUAGAUGAUUUGGAAAGGUCUACCUGUUUACCAUUCACUGAAAUUACUUCUGUUCUGGAUCUUCUGAUUCAGCUUGCAGGAACAGGACCACAGUGCUUACCACCCAAGAAAGACUACUUUGCAAACAACAAAUAUGUUGGAAGAAAUGUAAAAUACCAAGGUUAUGAUUAUUAUGAUGUUAGUGUGUUUGAAGCUGAUAUGCAGGCUUUAAUUGCAAAUGAGGAACAUCAGUUUAGUGAUACAGUUCAAAAGACACUGCAGAUCAUGGAGGCAGCACCUGGCACAGGUCUUCCUACUGUGGAAUUAUUUUCACAAAGCUGCUCGGUCGGUGACAAGUUUGAGAGAGAAACCCGUGUCUCGCUCUUUGGGGCUCUUAUUCACAGUCGCACAUAUGACAUGGAUAUCAAGUUGGAUUUUCCACCAGUGCCUGACAGUGCAGAUUUGUCUGGACUUGCAAUCAAGGUCCCCCAAAGUAUAGAUCCUUCAGAAGAUGAGGGAUUCCAGUCUGCAUCCAAUCUCACCCCUGACUCCCAGUCAGAACCCAGCGUCACACCAGAUAUUGAUCUCUGGGAAGCAGUGCUCACCUAUGGACCUAGUAAGCGGAGAUGUUGGGAAAGGAUUGGAUGUCCUCCUGGGAAAAAAGAGGAGCCGUACCUUUCUGAAGCUGGCAGAGAAGCCUUUGACAAAUUUUGCAGACUUCGAGAAGGGGAAUUGCAGUUUUUCAGCAGUACCAAACUUCAGCUUCCACAACGUGUUUUAAUAAAAGAAUCAGAACUUGUUAAAGAUGUUUUGAAUGUCCUUAUUGGGGUGGUAUCUACUUCAUUCUCAUUUAAUCAGGCAGCCGUGCUGUUUGUAGCCAAGCAGGGUCUACAUGUAUCUGGAACGUCACCUGAAAGCAUGAGCAGUCUCCUGUCAGAAGUUGCUGAAUAUGGAACUUAUUACACACGACUCAGCCGCUUCUCUGUCCAACCAGUUUUGGACUCUUCGUACAGAAAAGGACUUGUUUUUCAGGCAUUUACAAGCGGGCUGAGAAAAUACCUGCAGUACUACCGAGCGUGUGUUUUGUCGACUCCUUCCACUCUGACGCUUCUAACCAUCAGCUUCCUCUUCAGGAAACUAGGACGCCAGCUAAGGUAUAUAGCUGAACUCUGCGGAAUAGGAGUGACUGCGCAGGGAACUGCUGCUGCUACUUCAUUUCCAACAGGUGUGAAACUACUUUCCUAUCUAUACCAAGAAGCUCUUAAUAACUGCAGCAAUGAACAUUACCCAGUUCUUCUCUCCCUACUAAAAACAAGCUGUGAACCAUAUACACGGUUUAUACACGAUUGGGUUUAUAGCGGUGUAUUCAGAGAUGUGUAUGGCGAAUUCAUGAUUCAGGUGAAUGAGGAUUAUCUUGGCUUUAGAGACAAACACUACUGGACCCAUGGGUACGUUUUAAUUUCCAAGGAAGUAGAAGACUGUGUGCCUGUGUUUUUGAAACAUAUUGCCAAUGAUGUCUACAUUUGUGGGAAAACCAUAAACUUGCUAAAGUUGUGUUGUCCCAGGCACUACAUCUGCUGGUCUGACAUCCCCGUUCCUCGGAUUUCUGUCAUCUUCUCCCUCGACGAACUGAGAGAGAUUGAGAGAGAUUGUGCAGUGUACGUGGGCCGAAUGGAAAGAAUCGCACGCUAUAGUACCAUCAGCAAGGAGGAAAAGGACUUGCGCAUGGAAAUUGAAAAACAGGAGCUAAUUUUUCACGCUCGAGAAACAGCUACCAAAGCUCUAAAAGCCUUUACUGAUCAACAGAUAUCAGAGAAAAUGGUGCUGGAUGCAAAGAAGCGUGAGCAGUUUCAGAAAUUGAAAGAACAAUUUGAAAAAGAUAAAGAGCGCCGACGUGCUCUGAAACAGGAGGAGACUGAUGAUGAUUUCAGUUAUGCUCGGGAACUGAGAGAAAGGGAAAGAAGACUGAAGGCUUUGGAAGAGGAAUUGGAGAAAAGGGCAAGGGAAGAGUUGAUUGACCACUAUAGCAAACUCUCGGAAGAGGCAGCCCGUAGAGAGAGAAAAGCCCUUUGGAAAAUUCAGAGGCACAAAUUGGAAACGGCCCGUCUCAAAUUUCUGAUGGAAGAUCAAAAGCGUACUGAGGAUAUGCUUGAGAAACUUACAGAUGGAAAGUAUAGGAGGAAAGCAGACAUAAUUGGGGAAGGAUGGUGCCAGCAGACUUCUGCCGCAGUUGUGCCAGUCAGAGAUUCCAGCAUUCAGUUAACUUCUGCAGAGCCCGAGUGUCCUGAUGGUGUAGACAUCGGCAGAGACCCAGAAUCUCAACUAGUGAUAUCCCCAGGCUUACUGCAGGCAACAAAUAUACAGUCUAAUGACUAUUCAGAGUCCGAAGAAACAGAAACUGCAUCUCAGGUUCUCCAUACGGAGCAAGCAGCUACUCUGCCAAAGAGUGUAUCUGAACUUGGUCUGGAUUUUGAAGAUUUUUUACCAAAGCCUCAGGAAGAAACGUUUGUUGUCCCCAGUGCCCAAGAGACCAACUUGUUGGAUGAAGCCCUGCAGAAUAUCAGUUCAGAUCUUUCCUUGCACGGUCAGACAGAUGAAAGUUCUGCCCCGAAAGGUGCGGCAGAAGGGGAAACCGGUACCCAAGUCUCCGAAUACGACGGGUAUGACUUCAAUACUGUUCUCAGGCCUUCAGUCUCGCACAGCCAUGUUGCAGCUGGAGAAAACGUCUUUGAUGUUGAGGACAGGGUACCUCGCUGGAACAUUCACGGCCAUGCGUCUGAUGCAAAUAUUAAAAUUGGGGAAUACGUACCUGACGCUGAACUCUCCCAUCCGCAUUCAAACCCUCAUGGCCACUCCUCGGAUGCACACAUCAAAAUUGGACAGUAUGCUUCCGAGGUCGAACCUAGCCGCCCACGCUGGAAUAUCCACGGGCAUGUCUCUGCAGCUCAUAUUCAGAUUGGUGGAUAUGCCUCUGAGUUUGAGCCAUCGAGGCCAAGGUGGAAUAUUCACGGCCAUGCUUCGGAUGCCAAUAUUAAGAUUGGCGAGUAUGUGUCAAACAUAGAGCCGGCUAGACCUCGCUGGAACAUCCAUGGCCACGCGUCGGACGCUAAUAUCAGAGUUGGGGAAAAUACGUCUGAUGUUGUGUCCUCGCGACCUCGCUGGAAUAUUCACGGGCACGCCUCUCAGUCGCACAUUAAAAUUGGAGACAUGGUUUCUGAUUCGGAGGUUUCCGUGCCCCGAUGGAGCCUCUUUGGCCAUGCCUCGCAGUCGAGUAUUCAAAUAGGAGAGUGGACUCCUUCAACUUUCAGCGAUCCGAUACCUCAUCUGAAAGCAGUCUCUGGCCCCGCAUCUGACUCUACAGUUCAGACAUUCCUGUAUAACGGGGAAUUCCCUACAAUCAAAGAGCAUGAUAUAGGACAAGAGUCGAUGCCUUCUGGUUGUUUGCUGAGCGAUUACGUGGAUGAAAAGCCACAAAGAAGCCUAGAAGAACAGGGGGCAAUCAUAAUGGAUGAUGCCAAAGAUCUCUCCACUGCGCCUUCUCAGGAUGUACAGGUAGAGGAACCUGAAAAAUCAACCGAAUUGGUUCUUAUGACUCAGCAGAUUUCUCUCUCUGAAGUCAGCACAUCUGAAAGUUCAGAAGGCGUAAGCACCGCUAUUGCCAAGUGGAAGAAAGAGGAAGAUUAUGUGAAAGCCUUAUCUGAUCAAUAUUGCCUUGAAAAAUACCAGGACAGCUACGAUUUGAUGUCAGAACUUCCAGUUUCCCAUCUUCUGCAUCAUGUGAUACCAAGAUCCUACACCUUCCCUGUGGAUCCAUCAGCACAAUCAGCAACAGACGAAACAGCUGUACAACUGAGCGAGCUCUUAUCACUCCCAGUACUGAUGAAACGGUCAAUCACUGCCCCUUUGGUUUCUCAUGUUUCACUUGUGAACAAAGCCAUUGUUGACUACUAUUUUGUGGAACUAAAUAUUGAGAAGCAUUUUGGAGCACUAAGGCAUUUUUUGUUGAUGGAAGAUGGAGAGUUUGCUCAGUCACUCAGCGAUCUACUUUUUGAAAAGCUUGGAUCAGGACAGACACCUGGCGAACUUUUGAACCCACUGGUCCUCAAUUCCAUUUUAAAUAAGGCUCUGCAAUAUAGUCUCCAUGGGGACACUCACUUGGCUUCCAAUCUCUCAUUUGCACUGAAGUACCUUCCAGAGAUGUUCAAGCCCAAUGCACCUGAUGCCCUAAACUGCUUAGAACUACGCUAUAAGGUUGACUGGCCCAUGAACAUUGUCAUUACUGAGAACUGCAUGAAUAAAUACAACAAGAUUUUCUCUUUCCUGCUGCAAUUGAAGCAUAUGGUGUGGACUCUUAAGGAUGUCUGGUUCCACUUAAAGCGAACUGCCCUGGUGAAGCAUGCAUCCAACUCAGUUCAGUUUCGACAGCUCCAGCUUUAUAAGCACGAAAUGCAGCACUUUGUGAAAGUUAUUCAAGGCUACAUUGCCAACCAAAUCCUGCAUGUGACGUGGUGUGAAUUUGGAAAUAAACUGUCUUCUGUGGGGAACUUGGAGGAAAUCUACAGAACGCAUGCUGACUACCUCAACAAAGCCAUCUUCCGAGGAUUGUUGACUGAAAAGGCAGCCCCUGUAAUGAACAUUAUUCACAGCAUCUUCAGCCUCAUUUUAAAGUUCCGUAGCCAGUUAAUCUCUCAGUCGUGGAGUUUCGAUACCAGCAAACAAAUGGCUGUUCAUCCCAACUUUGGCUUAAUGCAGCAGUCUUAUAACACGUUCAAGUACUACUCCCAUUUCUUAUUCAACGUAGUAACUAAGCUUGUAAACAGGGGGUACCAGCCUCACCUGGAAGAUUUCCUGUUGCGAAUCAACUUUAAUAACUACUACAAAGAUAACUGAGCUUUCUUAAAAUGCAUCGCAAACUAGUGACAGAACACAGACUCAGCAACGUGUUUUCAGUAACUGGCACAUUGAAAGCUGCCAGUGCCAAGACGCUUCUGUAAAGAAAAGCAUGUUUAUCAAAGACAAUUGAAGGAUAGAACGGGAUCCAUGGAAAAUAUCAUCAUAACUAGGAAGAUAAUGUCAUUCCGCCCUGCUUAGCAUGGUAGAGGUUUUUAUUCUCCUCUGUGCUGCAAAGCAUGCUGCCAAGUGCCGAUACAGCAAUAUGUGCAUUAGUGUAAAUUUGUUAAUGUGUAUAUUUUUCCUAGUAGCAUUGUGGAAUCUUCUCAUGUAAAUGUGUAAGAAAUAAAAAGCAAAGCAGAAACAUA